AUCUGAAGUGGCUUCGCGUAUGUUUUCCACUAUGUUUUCCACUAUGUUUUCUCGUUCUCUGCCGCGAAAUUUUCGCAACUGGCAAGCAGCGACAGCAGCAUACUCAACCAAAUCUACCCGGACUCAAACAAUCGGAGUCGUUGGCUUGGGUACUGUUGGUGAAAAAGUGACAACGAACCUUCUCAAUUAAAGCAGGAUUCACAGUGUCGGCACUACAUGACUGCGACCCCAGAGCUGGUGAACAUUUACCUGCGAAUAUUCCACGCACUAAAACUCCGCGAGAGCUGGCGGAAAUAUGUAAUGUGGUAAUGACAGCACUUCCCGCACCUCCGCAUGUUAGAGAUGUUAUGACGGGAGAUAGCGGAGUUUUAGCCGGGUUGCGACCAGGAGGGGUUUGGAUAGAUCAUUCAACAACGGAUUAUCAGCAGACUUUGGAGCUCGCAGCAGAAGCAGGUAAGUCUUGGUCAUUUUUCCUGUUUGGAGCAAUUUAACAUUCGUGCACCUUACCGUAAUAGCUAGAAAUAUUUGCAAGGCCCACGGAUAUUUAAACUGAAGAGUAAACAAAUACUCUGUGGCGCAGACUCCAAUCUUGUUCCCUGACCAUGCCUGUUUCGCAGCUAGGUUGGGUAAAUCGAUUAGCCGAGAUAUUUAUGACUGGAUGUCCAAUUUUUAUAGACAUCUGGUAAGUUAGACCCAUCUAUAUGGGUCUAUUUUAUAUAUGCAGGCUCAAAGAUAAUAUCAGUGAUAGAAAUUAUUAC